UAACACAUCCAACAACAGCAUCAUUACAACAAUCAGCCCCCUGUCCACGACAAUGACCGUGCCGAGUCUGGUGUGUGAAAACGGGGGUGAAUUACGAGACAGGAUCUGCCUCUGCCCAGAUGAUUGGACUGGAACUACCUGCAACAUUCCAAAUUUCUGCCCUGAACAAAAUCCCACACCAACUAGCAAAUUCACCUUUCCAAAAACUGUCCUAGGCCAGUUUGCUUCCUCCAUAGAGAGAUGUCCACCAAAAACAACAAAUGCUGGCAUGCCCCAGGCAUCAUCCCUCUGUAAUAUAACUACUAACUCAUUUGAUCCUCCAAACAUUCUCAAUUGUACUUUGACCCUGGAUGCCAUUAAUGCAUGGAUUUCUGAAGCUACUCCCGAACAAAAAAAGAACUUAGCCUCCAACACCCAGAUCCUCACAUCCAUACCAGAACGGCUAACACCCCUCAACAUCACAAAUGCAGCUCAAAUUACCAACACCCUGCUUUCUGAUCAACAAACUACACAAACUACGGAUAUUGCCGUAUCAGCAGUCGCUACAAUCAGUCAACUCCUGAGUGCAAGUCCUGAGAUGUACUCUUCUGUUGACCAUACUGCAAUUUCUGAACUAACACAGACUCUACAGAAACUCUCUCUGCGUGAGAUACAAAAUCCAUUGUUGGUGCAACCGAAAAUGGCAGUGCAGUCACUGAAGGGACACAAACCAAUCCGACAUGUGCAGUUAACCUUUUUUAAAGGCAAGUGUCUGAAGGCAGAGUGA